UUAAUUUGUAAAAUAUGGCUGUUGUUACACUGAUUUGUCAGGGCUGCCCUCCCCCCAAACAAAAGUUGUAUCUCGGUCUUUGCCUGGAGUCACAAUAGUAGGGAGGGACCAGUAGGCCUAAGGGGUGCCCCACUUUUCCCAUGAAGAUAUUCUGCGGCCUGUUUCAAGUAUUUCUAGAUUACAUUAUUCCAUUUUUUACCAAAGUAUCAAGAAUCGUUGUUAAACAGAUGCAGUCGUGUGAUCAAUUCAUCAUAGAUAUGAUAUUAUUUUAAUGAAAAGGUAUCUGGACCAAGAAGUCUUCUAACCUAAUUACAAUUUGAACUGCAAUAGGUUACAUUUUAUAAUCUUAACGACGAAAUAACAACAAACAUCAAACGUUAAAACGUUGAUUUAAAGAAAACAACGAUUGUUAGACUAAACUACAAAACGAACGAUUAAGGUCUAGGUAUGUUUCGAACUUGAAAACCAACAUGGUGCAUAGUUUUAUUUUAAUAUAACAUUAUUUGAGAUAAUUAAUUUAUAUCGGUUUAUAAGCAGGGGUGACAAAAUGCUAAAUUCUAUGUAAAAAAUAUGAGGGUUCUUGGAAACGGUUAGUGCAAUCGGCAACCUGAACCAAAUGACGAGUACAACCUCUUUCUUUAUAAGAACAAUUCUAUAAGAACACGAGCCUCAAAAUUGGUCAAAAGUUAGUAACAAUAGAACAUGCUGCGGCUGAGCUACUGAAAUAUGCAAUUUUUAACAACGUUUAUCACAAAACGAGGAUUUUUAGCCAUGUGCGGGUGCAUCUUUGGUGAAUAAUCAAACUCAUCGGCAAAUGAAGGUUGUCUCAUUCACUUUUCUGGCAAAUGAGGCCAGAACACCUCCCUAGAGCAAAAAAGCUAGCAAUUGCACUGCUUACAGCCUAUUAAUUUCAAGAACAAAUUAAGAACAAUCUAGCCUCAGAUUUUCGGAAAAAUUAAGAACAGUCAGCUUGAACUUAAAUUUACUGGUUCUUACUCAAAAGAGUGUACACAAUUAAAGUGCUUUUCGUUGUUUUCAGAGAGGUUAACGUCCUCUUUUUUUUCAUUGUUACCCAGGUCUGUCACUGUUUGACUGUUAUCUGAAUUCCAAUUUCCGCAAAUAUGAGGUUUUCAGAAAUUGCGUAAAUUGUAUCAAAGGCAUUAGUCUGAUACAGUUGCAAAAAUAGUCGAUCAUUUUUAGAUUGAAGUCGGCAUACAAUUGUGUAUUGUUGCGAAUGUUUACGUGUCUGUGGCUGUGACCUACCUUUAAUGCCAUGUCUAAAAAUAGAUUGCAAUAAUGAAGUCAUUCUUUGUACAUAGAAAUGGGCCUAAGACACCUGAAGAAGUUUCUAUGACUUACUUACACUGAUAACUAUUGUUGUGCCUGUUUGAUCCUUCAUGGGAACGAAUUCAGUUUGAGCAGAGUAACGUUGGAUUGGUAGAUAUCAAAAAAUUCACACGCUCUUAAAUCUUUUCAAUCCUCAUCCUUCGUAUGGCCUAAUCAGAGAUUCCGUGACAUUCAAUUUAGCUUCAAUUAUGUUUUCACACCGCAGUGAUUUGAUUUUAUUCAUUGACUCUAUUGCCUUGAUCCUUCGUUGCAAAAGUUAUCUGAUCUCCGGAAAAUAUCGCUUAUUCAACUACACCAAUAUAUCACGAAAUUUCAUAAUGCAUUUGUACAAGGUGAAUGAGAAGAAGUUUCCUCACGAUGUAGGGUAAUUUGUUGAUAUCAAAUAAAUUCAUUGCGGUUUUUUAUGUUCAGUGUUUCUGCAGGACAUUACCAAGGUAUAAAGGGGCCCUGAAGACAGGGGGCCGGGAGAGACACCUUUUUUGCCAAAGUGGUGUACGUAGGUAAAAACUUUCGUUAUGCGUCUAUAACACUUUUAGAUUUUUUUCAGUUACUGCUUUUAGUGUUUUGAGAAAACUGUGCUAUCCUAAACAUUCGUUUUCUAAAAACUAGGUGGAAAUUGAGACUGGCUGUUCUCAAUUUUUACAAAACUUUAGGGCCUGAUUGUUCUUAACUUGUUCUUAAAUUAUUAGGGUGUACGAAGUGCAAUCGCUAGCUUUUGUGCUCAAGGGGAGUGUUCAGGCCCUAUUUGCUAACAAAAAAGGAGCCACUCUUUAUUUGCCGACAUUGAAAAUUCACCAACGAAGCACCUCUAAACAUUUCAAGCUUUGAUGCUCAUUUCUGAAUGCGAGCAUUUUGUUGCUAGUUUUCGCAUGUUGUUAUAGGAUAGAUUGGAUUAUUGUGCAGCUUACUUUAAUUGAAUAAGUAAUUGUAAAUUCCCAAGAUUCGCCGCAACGGACAACGCCCUCGUCGCACAAAGUGGACUGUACAGCAAUCUCGCAAGUCCGAAUGCAUUGCAUUUUUCAAUUCCUUUUUCGGCGGCUGGCAUAAUUGAGCCAUGCUCCUUCGCAGCGGAUGUUUAUUUUUAAAAGGAACGUUGCAAGGGUUGUUGUUUUCACAUCUUCUAAAUUUCGAAAUUGCUAGGUCAGUUUGGCACAUUGUCUGCCUGUCUCCAAAAAAAUAUUCGUUUUAAUCGCCCGGCAAAUUUUAUAUGACGUUAAUGGGUAUGUUUUUUAUCACCUACCACUUUGAAAUAGUCGCAGUUCUUUAUCCCAAAGAGCUUGUCACCCUGUCAGAACGUAAAUACGGCUUAAGAUUGAUUUCAUGGACUCAAUGUCCUGGCGUGGCUUGAAUUAUAAGUUGGUCAAUCCAUGGGCACUCACUCUUUUUCUUUUAAGAACAAAUUUAUAAGAACACAAUCCUCAAAAUCAAUAAAAAUAAAGAACAAAUUAAGAACAUUGUGAUAUCAUUGUUAUUGAGGAUUUGUCUUUGUAACAAGGUAUAUGUUUUACUAAUGUUAUUAUAAUCUAUAAAUGCCAACCCUUGUAUUAGUUAUACACAUCAAGUGUUGAUCCACAGAAGGGUAUUGUCUUGUUACUGAAUUUUUUAACUAAAAUCCUAAUAAUUUUCGACCGGAUUAGAGUAACAAUCUAGCCACUAAAUUGUGGGCCAAAGUUUUCAGUCUGAACCUCAAUUUACUGGAUCUUAUAAAAAGAGUGUAUGGUCCAUUUUAUCGGGGGAAUGCUCAGAUAAUUUUUUUCUGUGUUUUAUUGUAUAUGAAUUUUUUAUCAGCAAUUUUUCGCAUUUUUAUGACCAUGGUGCUUGAAAGGAAUGUUAAGGGACAAUAUAUAAUUCAGCCUUUUAAGAAAUUAUGGCAAACUUUUAGAAGAUGUAGCUCGAUCUCUAAAACUCUGACCUGAUAUUGUCAUACUGACCAGGUGUUCUGUUUUUUAUGUUAUGUUUCAUUUUUGUGUGUUAUUUUUGUUGUUGUAAAAAGUAGCUCAUUAGCUCUUUCUAUUUAAAAAACCUAUAAAGAAACUUCGACUUCGUUUUGGUUUUUAAUUUUGAAAAUAUAACUGCUCAGUUUUAGGUAUUUUUUGUUCACGUCGACUGUUUAGGAAUAAAGAAGGUUUUCAGUCAUUCCUGAUAAGAUGAAUUUUUUAUUAUUUCAGCAAAUAAGGCAAAGGUAUUUUAUGAUUUGCUGAAGGUAUUUUAUGAAAUGAAAUGCUUAUACUGCUAUGAAAACAUGGCCGCCAUUUAGCAUUUUACGUGAUGAGCAAUAUGAUCCCAAUAAUUCAAGCUUUAAACGCGGUUUUCUCAUAUGGUGAUGCUUCGUCAGUACCAGCCGGUUUUUUUAUCUGCAAAGUGACAAAAAACAUUGCAAUAUAUAGCUGUCAGCCUCUCUUUAUUUCUUAAGGACUUAUUCUCCUAGUGUAUUUCGUCACGAUCCCCUGACCUCUACACGGGGCAGUUUUCCUUAAUUUGUCGCUGUGAUUAUAAAUGAAGGACUUUUUCAGGCUAAAACUGUUUUUAGUACUUUUAUCGUGCUUACUCAAAUGUUUCUAGGAAAAAUUUUUGGGUCCUAACCCCCUUAAACUCUGAGAUUGCUGAUUUACAUGCUUUUUAUUUAUAAGAAACCCAGUUCGUGGCCUUGCUCUUAAAGUUCCUUAUUUUUGGACCUCUUUUUAAUCGAAUUGUAUCCUUAAUAGUUCCUAAAUUCAACUGAACAUAUAAAUUGUAUAUAGUGCAUUAGAAUUCUGUACAAGUCUCGUUAGAUUCCAAACUGUAGCUAGAAACAAGGUGAAGUGGAAACUCAAUCAAGAAGGAAAAUGAAACACUCGCAAUUACGCAAUGAAGCACUAUUGCUACUUUGAUAGCUACCUUGUGUCAAAAUUUGUGUCAUUUUUUAACACCAAAUGAAUGGAACAGGCUUCUUUUUUUUGAUUGUUUGCGAUUAUGAAAAUAUUCAAAAAUGAAAAGUUCCGAAUCUGCCAUGGAGGAAAGCUAAUUGCGCUUAGCCCCCUUUCUAAGAUUCAGGGAGAUUUGUGGAGCUCAGCCCCCACGUCAUAAGCGAGCGUAUUUUAGGUUUGAAUAAUUAUUCACAUGGCAAUGUUAGCUUACCCUUUACUAUGCUAUUCACUCUUUUUUAUAAGAACGGUUUUGUAAAUAGCCCUAGUUAUUGACGUUACGGUCUCCUCCUUUGUUAUGGUCUGUGACCCAGCCCAUAAGAAUACGCGACCCGAAGUUGAUGAAAAGUUAAGAACAAAUUAAGAACAAGUGAGCUACUGUAAAAUGUAAUUUUUGAACAAUAUCGUGAGAUCUCUUGAAAAAUCUUAUCACAGUAACGAGAAGAUUUUGCCAUCUAGGGGUGCUUUAUCCUUGAAAUUUCAAAUGACUCAGUCAUUUUGUUAGUAAAUGGGGCCUAAGCAUUCUCCUUGAGCACAAUAGCUUAUGAUAGUGACUGCACUGCUUAUAUUUAAAAACAAAUAAAGAACAAUCCAGCCUCAAAUGUUUUGAAAAAUAAAGAACAUCCAGCCUGGACUUCAGUUUACAGCUUUUAAUAAAAAAAGAUGGUAGAUUUUCCUUGAAUGGACCAUUUCUUAUUGGUAACGGAAACUGGGCAAUUGGAGGCAAUGAUGAGCUGAAGAAUAUGGAGGUCUAAUUCGCAGAAAAUAACCUAACAUAUGCUGUCCAGCAUGGCGAAAAGAAGAAAAAUGAUAGAUAACAAAAUACUACGCCCUAGCAAUUAGAGAGUAGAUAUGGGUGUGGUGCCUAGAAGUUGCCUUCGGUACAGCCCCUCACCAUAAUCUUUUAGGAUGGCACCCCUGCGUAUAACAGUUGUCUGCAUCUUUAGUGUUGUAUGAAAUGUGUUGUUGGGGCAGCUCCUAUAUUAGAAAGAUGGAAAAGGAGGAAAAUAAGGAAUUUCAGCCAGAGGAAAACGAGCUUGAUAUGAAUUGGAGCUGUGAAAAUUGGGCGACGAAGACCAGCGUCGAAUCUUUCGACUUGCUUGUAUGUGUUCGUCUGUUUCUCUGCAUCCACUUACCUCGCUUUUUCAUACCGUCACUGCUUGAUUUCCGAGGGUUUAAAAGUCGGGCGCCUAAUGGGUAAUCAUUUUGCUUUUAGCGCCGGUCAUUUCCAUCUAGAGCGCAAAUACUGCAAAUGACGUGUUUAUUUAUACAAAAAGAGUAAGCCGCUUAGCUCGCUGAACAUGAAUCAAGUUGUUUAAGAUUUAUCUCGCCAUGACCCUUGCACUGCAGAAAACCGCUAUUGAUCACCAGUAGUGCGUGGACACUUAUAAAUCAGAACAACUCAUACUAACGGCAGUUGUUAUAUUCGUGCGUUUGGUGCAACGAGACGUAUUGCUGUUGAUAUUGAGACUCGAGUUGCCUCUUUCUCCAGCCACGCCAAUAGACAGAAAUUUCCACACAAUCCAUCGUUGGAGUUUUCCAUUGCCUGAGGGAGCAAGUGUAUGUUACUAUUCCUGAUUCCAGGAUGAGGUUCUUUCGUUCCCAGAAAACGAUUAUUCCGUACGAGUUAUUAAGGCAAGCAUCAGGCAGGAAAGUUGAGAAUCAUACUGGAAGAGGUAGGAUGAGCGAUGACAAGGACAUUGUACUGUGCCCGUUGCAUCAAGGAGGCUGCGCUUUCAAGGGCACAAGGAAGCUGUUAGAAGAUCAUAUGCGAAAUGAUUUGGAAACGCACUUGUUUCUUGCAUGUAAAGUGAUAAAGGAGCAAAAUGGCUUGAUUGUUGGCUACAGAGACCGCCUUAAGCAGGAGGAAUCAGAAAGAGCGUUGAUACACCAGAAGCUAGAUAACUUAGCUAAAGAUUUUGAAAGUCUUAGGGUGCGUUACGAUCAAGACAAAGAUGAACGGGUAGGCGAGGGUAAGAACGUCUCUGACAAGUUGGAGUUGCAGCGAGAGUAUCAAGCUCAGGUUAAUGAUGAACUGAGGUUGCAAAUACACGGAAUUAAGAGUAAGAUAGAACUGGGCAAGGCGCAAGGCAACGAUAAGACCAGUCCCAUGAAUGUUUCUCCUUUAUUUGUGAAGAAGAACGACCACGAGCGCAAAAGGCUGAACUCGGAGGACUCGCCAGGAUCGUCUUUGAAUUCCCUGCUACAUCGGUCGACCCAUCAACGCGCUGAGUUAGUUUGGCGAAUUAAUGCUUUCUCUCGAAAGCUGAGGAAAAUCCAGUCUGGCGCUAACGAGGACCCUUUUAUUAGUGAUCCGUUUACAACUGGCCCAUACGGUUACCGUGUUUCAGUUUGGGUCUACUUGAACGGCCGGGGAAAAGGUGCCUCAAAUAGCGUAUCGAUAUAUGUGCGGGUAAUGUGUGGCGAAUUUGAUCCAGUGCUCGUUUGGCCAAUAAAACCCACCUACACCUUUAUGCUUUUGGAUCAAACGGCCGACUCAUCGCAGCGACGUCAUCAUAUUCGUGUGCGAGAUCUAAGUGUGAAACACGGUGGAAUUGACCGACCAAAGAAAGAGGACAAAUCAGUCAUCGUUGGAUUCGAUGAUUUUAUCGUGCACGAGGAUCUAGAGAAGAACAAUUAUUUGAUUGAUGAUACAGUUUUCAUUCGUGUAAUAGUGGACAUUCCAGAACAUUAAUAAAUUUUUUAGCUUUCAAUUAGAAAAAUUUUGCAACACUGUUUAAAGACUUACAACUUUUCAACUGUAUUCGAAAAGGAGACGGAUGUAGCAAUAUUGACGUUUUGUAUUUUGUCUCUAUUGUUGAUUCUUUAGAUAAAGUACGAAGCGAGCAUUUCAUCUUCGGUUGCCGAUGUUUUUCAUUACUUAAGUUACAGUGUUGCUUUGAAAGGGUCCCAUAAUACAGAUGUCAAGACGAUUAACAACGGGAAUUCUCAUAAAUUCGUUUUCUCUUUUGUUUCUAGUAUAGAAUCGUUGACAUGGCAUCUUUUUAUGCCGCCAAACUGCCCAUAGGACUUAGCAAUGUAAUGUGAAUGUGAUAGGCAUUCUGAGUUCUUCUACGCAUUUUCUAUGUAUUAUUUUACGAUGUAGGAGCUUAAAUUAACUGAUCUAUUCUGUGAGCCAUUGGCUUUAGGAUCAAUCAUAUAUUGAGAUCAUAAAUAUGGUUUUAGGUAACUAAAGCAUCAAUUUUAAUCCACAUAUAAAAUUUGCCACACCGAUUGCGUUAUUGUCAUUUUCCUAGACACUACAUUGUAAAUAAUUAGCGAUGGUCAUCCACGAUGAUACGGCAAACUCUCUUGGAAA